GGACGUUGAGGAAGGGGCUUCCUCUGGUUACCUCAGCAACGGUUGCCCGGUGGCCUGGCCAUCCCCAACGCGGCCCUCCCAUCCCUACGGCCGCCUCUCCCUCCCGUCCCUCCCCAACCGGGGGAGAUGGCGUCUCUUCCAGAGGAUGACCUAACGACACGGACCUUGCUGAAACGGGUGCUGGCCACGGAGCCUACCCACACCCCGCUGCCCGUUCCUGGCCGUGACCAAAAGCCCAAGCUGGAGACCCGCCGGAGAAGCCUGCGUCUCAGCGGCCCGCCCCUUCCGCCCCCCGAGACCCCAGCCUCCUUGUCCCCCUCCACGACGCUACGCAACAGGAUGAAGGAGCGAGUCCGGCGCUCGAUGAGGAUCACGAGGGCCUCCUUCUCUAGGCCCCAGGAAUCCCAGGCCAGUAGCAGGCCCGCCCCACCAAGGCGAGAAAAGCUGGACGAAGACACCCCCAGGACCAUUUUGAAGAACAUCAUGCAGACUGCCCCAGAAGCUUCCAUGCUAGUGCCCAGCACCCCAGCACCAGUGGUGGAAGAAGUCCAGCCCCUACUGGAAAGCAGGCAGAGCAGCCUGGACCUGCAGCUGCAGCUGCCAGAGCUGGAACCCCUCGUGCCAAUGGCUCAGGCACAGCUGGGCAGUGGCUGGAAACGGAGGAAGUUGAGGCUGUCCGAGUUUGAGCGCGGAGUGGACCAGGGCCUUGCUGCUUCUGUGGGAGCCCCCAGCCUGACUACCCCUGCUGAGGAGCCGUUAGCCUCAGCCGACACGUCCUCACUGACUAAGUCAUUCAACCUGUCUCUAGUCACCCCUGUGCUGCCCGAGUCCGUGAAAAGACCCGGGUUGGCCCGGAGGCCCAAAACUCGCAAGGCUAUCAACAUGGAAGCAUUUGAGCAGGGGCUAGAGAAGACCCCCCUGCCUAUGCGGGAAGCCGUCCAGGCAGCCUCGGCCGACUCGUGGGUGGUGGCGGACACUCUCUUAGGGGAUACCCAGCUGUUCCUGCAGGCCUCUCCCAGGGAUCAGAGCCGGCCCCACCACUCCCAGCUCCAGCCCGCCGGCGAGGGAAACCAGGAUCUGGUCAAGGCUGAUGUCCGCCGGACCCGAAACCCGAGUUCUGCCAGUUCCCAGCUGAGCCCAGCCAGACCGCUGGACGGUGCCUCCAGAAGCCUGGACAGGGCUCAGAUGAGCAGACAGAGUCUGGGGAUCAGACACUCGGCUCGCUUUACUCCCUCACGGAAUAAGGACAUCAGGGAAGCUGGAGCAGAGCCCGGCCACCGCAGCAGAAUGGAGCUGGAAGGCCAGGUGCUGGCAGCAAUGGGAGAGCAGGAAGCACAGUCAGUAGAGGAGGAGGGCCAGGUGGCACCAUUGGCGGGGGAGGAUGAGGCGAAGACAUUGAUGGGGGAGGGCGAGGGGACACCUUUGGCAGGAGAGGACGGGCCGACCAUGGUGACGGAGGAGGGCAAGGUGGCAUCGUCUGCAGAGGAGGAAGAGGCCAACGUCGCGGAGGCAGAAGAGGAGGCUGAGGUUGCAGAGUCAGUAGAGGAGGAGAAAGAGGGCGAGGUGGUGUCUGAGGAAGAGGGAGCGAUGGUAGAGGAUGAAGAGGCUGAGGUAGCAGAGUCAAUAGAAGGGGACAGAGGAGUGCCAUCGUUAGAGAGGGACAGGGUGGCAACCAUGGAAGAAGAGGAAGAUGAGGUGACACCAUUGGUGGAGAAAGACGAGGUGGUGACAGUGAGGGAAGAGAAUGAGGUGGCAACAGCGGAGGAGGAGGCUGAGGCAGCAGAGUCAGUAGAGGAGGACGAGGAGAUGGAGGAGGACGACCCAGAGCCACUGGUGGAGGAGGAUGGGCUGGCGACCGUGGAAGAGGAAGAAGUGGAAACCGAGGCAGAGGGAUCAGAGGAACAUACAGGAGCCGUGCGGGAAGCUGAGAUCUCCUUGAAGACCCCAGCAUUCAUCCAAGCCAAAAGAAAGCAAGUUUUUGGCCCAUCGGCUUCCCCCAGCCCUGCCAAGUUGCCCCCGAAAAGCUUUCCAACCAAGCAGGCCCGAGCCCGAGGCCCUGCCCGAGCCCCCAGACCACCUCGAACCCCAGGCUCAGCUCUGUUGAGCCACUACGCCAAGAUCUUCGGCUUUUAUGCUAAGAUGCCCGUGGAGAAGGCGGCCUACAAGGUGGUGGAGAAGAGCUUGGACCGCUACUUCAGGCAGCUUGGGGACGACCUGGAAGUGUUUACCAGCCAUGCCGGUCGCAAGACCGUGGAGGUGGAGGAUCUGGAGCUGCUCAUGCGGCGCCAGGGCUUGGUGACGGACGACGUCUCUCUGCACGUGCUGGUGGAGCGGCACCUGCCCAUGGAAUACCGCCGGCUGCUCAUCCCCUGUGCCACCAGCGGCAACCGCGUCAGCCCCGCCCUGGGACCGCGGAAACUGUGACCUGCCCCCGGCUUUGGGUCUCACCUGUGGACAUGUGGCUGCAGCUGGGCCCCUCGCCCCACCCUCUCCACCCCUACAGAAGCGAGGGUGCAGCUGCAGCUUACUGUUUUAGUGGUGAUGGAUGGGGAGCACCUCCACACCUCUGGGCUGGGCCACACGCCCGACCCCGGGCCACUGUGAAUAAAGUUAAAUAAAGGUGAU